ACCUUGCAAGUGCACCAGUACCACUGCCUGCCAACCGUGACUGGCGCGCUCUGUCCGCAUGACGUCUUUCACAGGAACGUACUGAAGCACAGCGCGAAAGCAGUCCUCAUUCAGAUGUUAGCGGCAGAAGAUGUAAACAAUGAUCGGACGAUACUGGAUUACCUGAACGAGGACUGCUGGCGCGCCGUGCUGCAGUAUGUGCCCGCGCAGGACCUCAUACGGACAGAGCGCGCCAGCCGCCGGUGGCAGGCGGUGCUGCUGACGUACUUGCGAGGAGUCUAUAUUCAUAUUGAGAAAGAAGAUUGGAAAAAGAAAGAAAAUCCAUUGUCAACCUGUACCUUAAAACCAACAGACUAUAAGUCCUUUGCAAGUUGGAUCAAAAAACUAGGCCUAUCAGUGGUGUCAACUUACUGCAGUAGUUUGGAAGAUAUAGCAAUGAUCCAAGAAAACUGCCCCAACUUAAGAGCUCUUCAGUUAAUCAGAAUUGACUGCAUUGAAUCUGAACUACAUCAGUACAAUCUACACAAGAGCUUCAAGUUCCUGCGACAGGUGUCUUUCUAUGGGUGUUCUUUUGGAGACAGUAACUUCAGCAAGCUUCUAGCUGAUAAACCCAUAGAAAAAUUACAAUUCCGUUACUGCGGUUAUUUUACCGGUCAGUGUUUAAGUGACAUAAACACAUCAAAUUUAAAAUCUCUUUUCAUUGAAUCCUGCAGCAACUUACAGUUUAAAGGUGAUCAUCUUGGUAACCUGACAGAAUUGAAAGUGGUUAGAGUGAAUGAGGAAAUAGGUUCCAAUGUGCAGUGUGAGUUGGGGAAGAUGACUAAAUUGGAACGCUUGGAGCUGCAGAGUGAAUUCAUGAACUACAGUUUCCCGGAGAAUGUGCGUCAGCUGGCAAAGUUGGAGCACCUCAGUGUGUCGUUUGAGCUGGAUCCCUGGCGGCUGGAAAAGCUGCUGAAGUGCUGCACGGCGCUGAGAUCUUUGGAGUUGUUGCACUGUGCAUACAUGUACGGCUACAUCAAAGAGAUCUGUCGGCACGUCGGAGCGCUGACGUCUCUCACGUUGGGAAGGCUCCAUGAGAGAGAGAAGGAUGACGAUGUGGUCGAGCUCGUCUGCAGAUGCCCUAACCUUCAGACGUUGAGGAUUAUCGGCGGGGGAGUGCUUACGCCGGCGCUGCUGCCGCGGCUGGCGGCCGCGCUGGGCCGGCGGCGACUGCGGUUCGACGUCAGCCGCACGCCCCUCGCCCACAACUAUCAAAAAAACGGCCCGAAGGGCCGUGGAGACUCCCAACACACCGAACAACACGAAGAGAUGAAGACAAAAUACGGAGGACUAAUAGUAGUGUUUGAGAAAACGUUUAAUGAGUACGACGAAGAGUAUGAGUAUGAUGACUCUGGCGAUGAAUUUGAGGAGAUGGAAUGCAACGGGGAGGAAAGUGAGGAUGAGAUGAGUGAUUCUGACGAGAUGAGUGAUUCUGACGAUAUGAGUGAUUCUGACGAGAUGAGUGAUUCUGACGAGGUCUAUGAUUUUGACGAUUGAUCACCACCGAUCACCUGAACCACUUAAUGUUCGGACGUGGAAAAAUUGACACGUUUGAGCGAAAUUAUGGUGUCAUCUGAUUGACCUUUUUAUGUUUGGAUUGUCAUAGUCUAUAAAAUGAUUGUAAAAUUAAAAAAAAAUGCUGUGAUAUUUCAGUGAUUGUAAUUGUUAGUGUUCUUUAGUAGUAAGAAAAAGUAAAGUUCAAUUUAAAAUAUUUUAUAUGGAAAAUAUUGCUGCUACGUCUAAAUGAUAGAUUUUGAGGCAAAUUUUAAACCAGGGUAGCUUGCUUCUGGUGGGUGCAUGCGUGAUGCGUCGUUUGAAGAUAUAUUCUAAACGGAAUAUAUUAGAACUGAAAGCCGUAUACAUUUAUAAUUUGGUGACCAUACUUCGGACGUAGAGGAUUGCAAUAGCUCUAAAAUUAUCUGUUUAGGUAUCUUCAAAAGGCGCGUUUAACCCAUCAGACCUUAGUAUUAAUUUGUGUGGUUAUACUAUUUGUAAUUUAUAUUAACUAUACGUAAAGCGCAAGGCAUGUUGCAUCUGAUUUACACGUUGUUGAGAAUUAUUUCGCUAAUUCUUCUGAUAUAUUAUUAGGGUUCCGUACCAAAAAGGUACAAAAGGAACCCCUAUGGUGCGACUCUGUCCGUCUGUUCAGAUAAUGUAUCAGAAGGAAAUUCAAGUCGGUUGCAUCAACCACAGUAUACUGAUUAAUGACAAUCGGCUGUGGACUAUGAACCUUACUGUAAAAAAAAAACCGGCCAAGAGCGUGUCGGGGCAUGCUCAGUAUAGGGUUCCGUAGAUAACCGUAUUUUUCUCAAGAACUACUGAACCUAUCAAGUUCAAAGCUUACCACUUUG